AUGAAUCCACACUCGUCCAACUUGUCCACGAACUUAACUACUCUAUAUCUCGCACAGCGCCGACAGCGGAAAAAGCUCUCGCUUGCUAAUCAUGAGGUUCUUGUGUUGUGCCCCACCCCCUCUCCGCCCCAAUUCCUAUCUCGUACGCCGCCACGUGUACACCACGACGACGACCACCGCCGAUCUUCCUCUCUUUUCCUCCGCUUGGCUCACUCCGAAGUCGGCUCCUUCUGUCCGUAUCCACCUUCUCCAUGGUGCGCCGUUCGCUCCUCCCCUACGCCAUCCCUCCUCUUCUCCGUGCAUCCCACGCGCCGCCACCGGAGAUAUCCUUCAAGACGCCGGAGCCACGGCGGCUCUCAUAGCCGGCGCCUACGGCCUCGUCUUCAUCUUCGACUUCCUCACAAAGCGAAACCUCAUUCCACAGAGUUUGAGCCGAAAGCUGGUGCAUAUAUUAUCUGGGCUGCUUUUCAUGGUUUCUUGGCCAAUUUUCAGAAUAGCCCCUCAACAGAGGCUCGCUACUUUGCUUCUCUGGUUCCUUUUGUGAAUUGCUCGAGGCUUGUCAUCCAUGGUCUCUCAUUGGCUUCUGAUGAAGGGCUCAUAAAAUCUGUUACUCGAGAAGGCAAACCAGAGGAGUUACUUAGAGGUCCUCUGUAUUAUGUUCUAGUGUUGAUUUUAUGUGCUCUUGUCUUUUGGCGUGAAUCUCCUGUUGGAGUGAUCUCACUGGCAAUGAUGUGUGGUGGUGAUGGUAUUGCUGAUAUCAUAGGUAGAAGAUUUGGAUCCUCGAAGCUUCCUUAUAAUCAACAGAAGAGUUGGGCGGGUAGCAUAUCCAUGUUUGUUUUUGGAUUCCUGAUUUCCAUUGGGAUGCUGUAUUACUAUUCAGCUCUUGGAUAUUUCCAAUUGGAUUGGAUCUGGACGGCACAAAAGGUUGCUCUAAUAUCUCUGGUUGCAACAGUGGUGGAAUCCUUUUCAACCACAGAGGUGGUAGAUGACAACAUAUCUGUUCCUUUGGCAAGCAUGGCAGCGGGGUUUUUGAGUUUUGGUCUCUAGCUCAUUGCCCUGUUUUUUCUCUCCCUUCCUUAGAUUAGUCCUGUAAUUGAUGUGUUCUGUUUAUUGUGGGUCUCCUCAAAUGCCCUGUAAAUCAUUGCCUCCGUGACGCAUUUGUUAAUAUUUUAUGCUCUCUUUUUUAUUGAACCAAAUGAGCGCAGUUUAUUACUUCAAUAUCUUGACUUUCAGAACAAAUCAUAUGGCUUUAUUUCA